UUAAGGGGUACUGAUGAAGCUGUGGAGAUACAUUGAGGUUUGGAGUAAUCGAACUGAGCAGGCAUGGGGGGACCAUAAAUUAUUAUGAGGAUCGUUGCGCAAGCGCAAUAUACGCUAUCGGCCUACACGUCACGUAACCAACAGGCUCAAAUAAAUAUGACGACGCUGUCAACACGGAUCUCUGUACUCGAAUAGAGAUAGAUGAUCAAAUAUAGCAAAUCGAUUGGCUACAACGGAGGCAUUGGGCGAAACUGUUGCUGUCAGGUGCAGGCAGGGGAUUUUUUUCCGUUGUGCACUACCUUUGGGGGCUUCAGUGCAGAUUUAUAAACUUGCCGGGAGACGUAGGAAACCAACAUUGCAAUGCCGCUGCUUUUCUUAGAGAGGUUUCCGUGGCCAAGCCUCCAGACUUACACGGCGUUGAGUCUGGCUCUGCUGGCUGGCAGCAUCUUCAGCGCCUACAACACAGUCACUGAUCAAGGUUUUGGGGGCUUGGAGACAGACGAACCCCAUAGCCCCGCCGCGUCUGAGUUGGAGAGUGAAGACACGGACAAUGAUAUAGAAGGCUCCAAACUGGCAAGCACUGUGCUGUGGUAUCUAGUCAUGGACAGCUUCUUUGUAUGGGUGUUGGUGAACACAUUUUGCUGCUCACUGAUGCUAAUUGCAAAGAUGAUCCAAUGUGUGGUGUUUGGGCCCUUGAGGGUCAGCGAGAAGCAGCACCUGAAGGAUAAGUUCUGGAACUUCGUCUUCUACAAAUUCAUCUUCAUCUUCGGAGUGCUCAAUGUGCAGACGGUUGAGGAGGUGGUCAUGUGGUGCCUCUGGUUCUCUGCCCUGGUCUUCCUCCAUCUCAUGGUCCAGCUCUGCAAAGACCGCUUUGAAUACCUGUCCUUCUCCCCUACCACGCCCAUGAACAGCCACGUGCAGGUGCUGUCCCUGCUGGUGUCCCUGCUGCUCGGCUGCUGUGGCUUGGCCGUGGUCUGUGGCCUUCUGGGGGCCACACACGGCAUGCACACUCUCUCCUUCAUGGCUGCAGAGUGUCUUCUGGUGACCGUGCGCACCGGUCAUGUCAUCAUGAGAUACUCCAUCCACCUGUGGGACCUCAACCACCCUGGGACCUGGGAGAGCAAGGGGACGUACGUGUACUACACAGACUUCAUCAUGGAACUGGCCAUGCUCUUCCUGGACCUAAUGCAUCACAUCCACAUGCUGCUGUUUGGGAACAUCUGGCUCUCCAUGGCCAGUCUGGUCAUCUUCAUGCAGCUGCGCUACCUCUUCCACGAGGUGCAGCGCCGCAUCCGCCGCCACAAGAACUACCUGCGCGUCAUCGACAACAUGGAGGCCAGGUUUGCAGUGGCUACUGAGGAGGAGCUGGCGGUCAACAACGACGACUGCGCCAUCUGCUGGGACGCCAUGGUGACGGCACGCAAGCUGCCCUGCGGACAUCUGUUUCACAACUCCUGCCUGCGCUCCUGGCUGGAGCAGGACACCUCGUGCCCCACCUGCCGCAUGUCUCUGAACAUCUACGGAGACGGGCCCCCGGCAGGCACCCCGCAGCAGCCCCCAGCGGCCGCCCUGGGGGCCAACAUGGGCCCGGGGGCCCCGCCGCCCGAGGCCAGACCGCACGUCAACCAGCACAACCACUUCUUCCACUUUGACGGCUCCCGCAUCGCCAGCUGGCUGCCCAGCUUCUCUGUCGAAGUGAUGCACACCACCAACAUCUUGGGCAUCGCCCAGGCCAACAACUCCCAGCUCAACGCCAUGGCCCACCAGAUCCAGGAGAUGUUUCCCCAGGUGCCGUUCCACCUGGUGCUGCAGGACCUGCAGCUGAGCCGCUCCGUGGAGCUGACCACUGACAACAUACUGGAGGGCCGCAUCGUGGUGCCUUUCCCCACACAGGCUGCAGAGCGGGCCCCUUCCCAGGCAAACACGAGCUCAGAGGACCAGCCGGGGCCCAGCGGGGCGCCUGAGCCAGCGGCCCCUGAGCCAGACAACAUGGAGAUCCGCGGCAGCCGCUUCUCCAAGUCUGCAGACGAGAGGCAGUUGAUGCUGAAGCAGAGGAAGGAGGAGUUGUUGCAGCAAGCACGCAGGAGGUUUCAAAAGAAGGGUCCCGAGGUGCAGGACGAGGAGCUCCCCCGUCUGGAGGACCUCGUCGCCAGCGUGGUGUCCGACCCGCUCGCCUUGCGUCGCAGGACCAUGGCGGCGGCGGCGGCCGAGAGACGCAUGCAGACCCACCAGGACCCCGCGCCGUGAGG